CCUCACAGCUUACGCACUUCCUUCCCCCCACAGUCCGCAACCACCAGCCUGUGCGUGUGCGUGUGCGUGUGUGCGUGUGCAGUUUUGCGUGCGUUCUAGCGUGCGUUGUUGUGUUUUAAGUGAGAAAAAAGGAGCAGAGGCAACGAUGGGCGUGCUCGAGGACGUCAGGUACACAGGCGUGGGUCACUCAGAGGGCGCCACGCGAUGCAUCACCUACACCCUCUUUGCUCUCAAUGUCAUCUUUAUUGCUCUGGGCGCUGCAAUGGUGUCACUGGGGUUCUGGAUCACGCUGGACACGACCUUCAAGUACUGGGUGGCUGACCUUGGAAUGGAGCACUACUGGAUUGGCGUUUACGUCCUAAUGGCGGCCGGAGCGCUGGUUAUGCUACAAGCCUUCUUUGGGAUCUGCGGGGCCUUCCAGCGGCGAAUUCACAUGCUGGUGGCAUUUAUGGUGAUGCUGGUGUUAUGUCUGUGUCUGGAGUUGGCGGGGGCUGGGUACAUGCUGGCAAACGGGAUAAGGGCGUCCAGCAUUGAGCCUUGGCUGCAGAACCGCUUCCUCCAGCUCAUUGAUGCUUUUGACCGCGACGCACCCUCUGCUCGCAUCAUGAAUAUCGUACAGGAGUGGGUCGGGUGCUGCGGUGCUAACGGGGCCCUGGAUUACGUUCACUGGCACAAGGUCAUCCCGUAUACGUGUUACAACCCUGUCACUGGAAAUGCUUGGUACAUACAAGGGCACGGUUACAUGGGUUGUGUCCGCGGCUUCACUUUGUAUCUAGAGAAAAUGUCCGGCUGGAUCUCUGGCGUGGCUCUUUUCCUCGUGUUUUUCCAGCUGAUGGGUCUGGUGGCUGCCUGGUGUCUGAUAAGCGUCAAAUACAACUACAGGGGAGAACAGCAGAGUGAGGAUGAUUUCUACCGAAGGCGCAAGUGAAGGGGGACGUGAGCUGUGGCCAGGGAGAGGUACUGUCAACCUUCCAUUCUUCAGACUUGUUGGCCCCCGUGUUCUGAGCCACUGCUUCACCGCACCUUCACUAUUUUCCAAAGGCUCUUAGUUAAUGUUACUUUCUAGGUGUUUUUAGUGUGUUUUCAAGGUUCUAGUGGCAAAUUAACAAGUUGCAAGGGUUUUUUCAAGGGUGUUUAUGUGAAAAUCUGGUAUCUUUCACUAAAACCGUAGAAACACUUUGAAAACCCGCGCCACUUCACUACGGCUGUUCUCAAAGGCCACAAAGAAGUUUAACGGCGUUCUAAAGACUGUUAAUCUUGGUCAUAACGUAAAAACCUCGUUAAAUGUCACUGGAACCUUAAAAAAAAACACUUGAAAACCCGCGUCACUCCAGAGUAGGCUAGCCCCGUUUCCGUUCCUCCUAGAAGCACUAUUUUCAAAAACCACAAAUAUCUUUUUUCACGUAAGAGGUUCACUGGCCAGAGACAAACCAAAAUAAAGAAAAAAGGAUGCUCUCUUUACCCACGCCAGUUCCUGAAGAGAGAUCGAGAAGAGUCGUUGAGAAUUUGAAAGAUAAAGAUUCGAUAUAAGUGUUUUUCAUUCUAGAUGGAAAAUUUUCUGUGGUUGUAUCCUUAGUUAAAAGUGUUGGGAGGGGCAAGGAGAUGAAUCAGAGUUGGAGGAGGCAGGUGUAAUGGCAGGUAAUCAGGGAAGUGGUUGGUGUGUGUGGGGGGAAAAUUCUUAUUUGUAACAACCAAUAGGACAUAAAGGAAGGUGUCACGCUUAAUCACGUUUAUGGCCGGGACAGAAAGAUUGCCUGUAAUAGUUUCUUUUGCUUGAUUUUCUUUUGUUUUUCUUUAUUUUGUUUUGUUUGUGUUUUUUUUUUGUGUUGUGCGUGUGAUUUAUUUUCCUUUAUUUCUUUUUCUUCUUUUUUUUGCGUAAUUUAUUUAUUUUUCUUUAUUUCUUUAUUUAUCUAUUCAUUUUUUUUAUAUAAGGUUUGUAGUGAAGGGCAAUGCAAACUACUAUCAUCAUUUUUUUCUUUCUUUCUUUCGUUCGUUUUGUCUAUUUUUUUUUUUAUUUAAGAAUUCUAGAUAAUGACAACACAAACUACAUUCAAUAUUUUCUUUUACUUUUUCAUUCCUUCCAUACAUACAUACAUACAUACAUACAUACAUACAUACAUAUAUAUACUAAGACCAUCUCCCAAUUAAGGAAUACACGAAGCAAUAUUUCCACAACAAACAUACAUAACACACACAACACAUUAGAGGCGUCAUGUACGAUAAUAGCGAGGACACGAACCCCCCCCCCAACCCCCUGCCAGCUGAGAGGAUCGCGGUCCAAUUUACAUCAUUACCAUAAAAUUUGAAAUAGCAUCGUGUGUUCAGUUUUGUUCAUUAAUGCACAGGAGGGAGAGGGUAGUGAUAAUACAUGCACCUUUGUCAACACCCUCUCACCUUCCCCCACAUCUUCCCGCGCUGUUCUUUUGUCUGUAUUUUGAAAAGCCUCUGCGCAGUACCUCCACUAUUCUUAAAGGCUCUAGUUGAAGUGACACGGGUUUUUAAGGGUAUUUUCAUGGUUCUAGUGACAGAUUAAUAAGUUUUCUCCAUUAAUAGCUGGAGAAACAGUAGUGAGGACCCGGCUAGGCAUCUCUGUGGCCUUGAAAAGCUGUCAUAGUGAGAGCUGAGCGCCUUCACGCCAUCACACAACCUGGAAGUAAGAAGUUAUGUUGGUGAAAACUGAACUGUAGGAAAAUUCAGUAGAUUAAUGAGGUGUAGAAAAUUUGUUGUGCAGUUUUUUUUUUUCCUGUUUUUUUUUUAUAUAUAUGUUGAUUAAAAGACUAAAAAUUAUCUCCCUUUUUAUCUAUUUACUAGUUUUAUAGAUUAUUUUUUACGUCUUCUUAGUUCUUAAAGAUGAUUGAAAUUGUAAAGAUGCACUCCCUCUCUCUCUCUCUCUCUCUCUCUCUCUCUCUCUCUCUCUCUCUCUCUCUCUCUCUCUCUCUCUCUCUCUCUCUCUCUCU